CACCAACUCCAUUUCAUCGGUUCUCUUUCGUUAACUUUAUCGCCAUCUAUAGAUUCCAAGCCCCGCCGGUGGUCUGUCCUCUGUCUGAAAACAAGGUUCAGGCAUCUAUAGCCCAUACUUUCGCCAUUUUCUGGACAAAAGCUCGGGGGAAUAAAUCGGAAUUCGGGCGCGAGAUCUGUGUGUCGGGGCGGCGUGAGAGGCGAGAGUCGUCGGGAUGACCAUCCUACCCAAGAAGAAGCCGCCGCAGCAGGCGUCGGGCUCGGCGGAGGUGGAGGGCGGCGAGGCGGCCGCCACCUCCACCCACCAGCACCAGAUGCCUAUGGGGUCUCUGCCCAACCAUAUACAGGCUGGGGAAGGGACGAGCCGGGGCACCUUGUAUUUAUCAUCACAGUCACCACCCCCUUGCUGGCCCCCCCCACCUCCCACGUCAGCACCCCGGGAGGAGAAGCGCCCAUCCCACGCAUCUCCCUCACAUUUUGAAGAUACGCAUGAGAGUGGCCCGUCACACAGUAAGCGCCGCUACCGAGCCAGCCCCCUCAGAAAUGUGCGUCCCAAACACCGCGACCAUAGAGACCACCGGGGCAGUACCUCACCACCUUACCCGAGUACAAGUAGUGGGUGGAGCGUGACACCUGUCAACCACCCCCACCCCCAUCCACACCCUCACCCCCAUCCACAUCCUCACCCCCACCCCCACCAACACCCUCAUCCACAUCCUCACCCCCAUCCACACCCUCUUCCCAUGUCCAGCUCCAUCACUCCUGCCCUUCCCCCGGCUCUCUCCCCGCAGGCCGGGCCAUCACAACCCCCAGAUGAAGAGGACAAUGACCACAGUGGCUACAACAGUGGCGAUGAAUAUGAGCCGUUUGGGUGGAACCUAACUGCAGAUCAGUGGGAAGAGAAAGAGCGAAGGUUUGAGAAGAAAAUGAAAAAGAAGGGUCUGAUGAUCAAGAAGAUGCGCGAGGACGGUGCCUGUCUCUUCCGUGCAAUUGCUGACCAAGUUUAUGGUGAUCAGGAUAUGCACAGCAGCGUUCGAAAACACUGCAUGGAUUAUAUAGCCCUAAAUGAAGACGCUUUCGCUCCCUUUGUAUCCGAGAACUUCCAGACGUACGUCCAAAGGAAAAGGCGCGACGACUGUUUUGGCAACCAUAUAGAAUUAGCAGCUAUGUCAGAAAUGUAUAACCGCAUUAUUGAAGUAUAUUGCUACAGUGUAGACCCAAUAAACAGUUUUCAGGGCAGCCUCCAAACAGAUAAUGAACCUAUUCGGUUGAGUUACCACAUGGGGACACACUACAACAGCCUCGUGGACCCCUUCAAGGCCACAAUUGGUGUAGGUUUGGGCCUGCCGGGCUUCCAGCCAGGCCAGGCAGAGAAGAACCUUAUGAAGGAGGCAACCAGGCAGAGUGAAAAUGUUCACCUGGAGCAGGCUAUGUUGGAGGAUAAGAUCAGAGCUACGGAUUUUGAGGCCACGAGUGAAGCUAUAGAAGAGCAGGUGGCACGUGAGAGUUACCUCCAGUGGCUACGCGAAAAUGAUCAACGCUCCAAAGGCCAGCACUCCCCAUCAUCACCAUCUGGCUCCAGCUCCAGUGAUCGUUGUACUCGAGGACGCACCUCACCCCUCCAUCAGAGCUCUCAGGCAGAAGGAUCGUCAGAAACUUCUCGUAGCUCUCCUCGUUCUUCCCCUUGUGCCACCGAGCUGGCUAGAUUAUCACCUCGCAGUUCCACAUCGCCUCGUGGUUCCACAUCACCUCGCGGCUCCACAUCACCGAGGGGUUCAUCCUCACUCCGCGGAUCGUCAAGCUCAAAAGAGACGAGCUCCGAACCUGACCAUGACCCAGCAGUUCCUGGUUCCUCCAAAGACCCGAUGCCUUCUUCCUCGGGAUAUUCCUCCAUAGGAGAAUUCACUGUUAAUGAGAGAGCAUCUUUCCUAAAUCACCUCCCUCCUAAUAUAUUUGGGCUAUCGGAAUAUUCAAAUGCCGAAGCAGACAUUCUUGCCCAGGUACUGGCAGCCAGCCAGCAAGAAUACCUCGAGUCGCUCAAGUGCAGGACCAAGGAUGACAGUUCAGAUUCAUCAUCUUCCUCCUCCUAACAGCUCAUUCUAUAAUAGAUGAUAUCGCCAUUUUCAAGUGUGCAUACGUUGUCACUUUAUUGUCAAGUUCACUCUACGUGGCACUUGUAUUGGCAAUGCAAGGUUGCCUUUGUAUCUAACUUGAUAUAUGAUAGUAAUGUAUGCACUUAUACAUAUAUACAUACAUACAUACAUACAUACAUACGUACAUACAUAUACAUACAUACAUACAUACAUACAUACAUACAUACAUACAUACAUACAUACAUACAUACAUACAUACACACACACCACACACUAUAAAACAAGCAUUUCCAUGUAAUCUUACUUUAUUUUUAACUGUGUUUUGAUUGCAGUUAGUAUAGUGCAUUGAUUUGUCAGACAAGAGUGACAAAGUGGCUUCACCAAAGUUGACACAAAUGGCUAGCAGUAAUCUCAGCAAUAUGUACAUAGUCACAUCCAUCGUCAUUAGUUAAGGCUGCUCGUGCUGCUUGUGCUCUCCUCCACGUCACUGGGAUAUGUCAAGUUCAUAUUGGACUUGUUUAGUUCCGUUACUCUCGGCUAUUAUUAUACUUGCAUAAAUAAGCAUUUAAUGAUUUACCAUUACUGGAAAAUAAGUAUACAUGAUGACCCAAAAGAAAUAUCUAGCAAUUAUCUUGACUUAGAAUUAACAUUGAUAGACAUAAUGUGUGGAUAGUGCGAGAGGGAGUGGGAGCUGGCCAUUUCUUCCUUGUGUUGUCACCGGCCAACGAAGAGAUUUUGUGAUAGCUAAGCAAUCAACCAGUGUCUUACCGGUAUCAAGUUUUAUGACAAAAAAUAAGCCCUCAGCUUUGUAGUAAAUCAAAUGCAUUUGAAUUUUGCAUGUGGAAAUUAAGGAGCCAGGUUUCAAUUGAAGACUAAAUGAUGGUUGUAAGUCUUGUGAUAACCUACAGGUUUUUUGUUAAAGCCUCGGACGCAGAUACUGUACUUCGUUAAGCCACUAUCUCCUCAGAAACUGUUCUCACAUUAUUACCUGCUAAAUUAUUCCUCUGGUUUCAUAGGUUUAGUUCCAGUUAUUAAUAAGCUAAAUAUUUAUCGAGGCAAAAUUUGAAUCUUGAGGCGAGUUGCACAUAUAUACAGUAUCUGGCAAGUGGCAGCCUGGGCUCAACAGAAACCCUGUACCACAUGUCUUGGUUGUUGGAGUUGGCAGCAUGUGUUGUCUUUAGCCUUGUGUGUGUGUGUGUGUGUGUGUGUGUGUGUGACUGGGGAUGAGUACAAACUGGCAAUGAAUUAUAGCAUUGUAGUGCUUUGGAAUUUGCAUUCCUCUGCCUCCACAGUGCUGUGUCCAUCCUUGCCUAGAGUGGCCCAUGCAGAAUCUUCCCAUCAAAUUUGGGAUUUUAGGAUAUUUGUAUAAACUGUGAUACAUUUCCUGUAAAGAGCAAGUCUGUGAGGCUGGCUUUUGUUGAUAUUUGAGAGCUAGGAACACACAACUGAACUGUGUGUGUGGGUGUCAGAUAAAUUUGUUCAUAACUAACAGCACAAUGAGCAAAAAUAAAAUUAUUGUAUGCCAUUGCUGAUUAUACUGAACUUUGGGUAAUAUUAGACUCAAUAUGGAAACUUUGACAUUUCAUAGGCAAGAGUUAGCUUUCACUAGUAAUUACUGCAUAUUAUCAACUUUACCAGGAAUCCACAUCUUUUUGUGUCAAAGCAAGCUUGUAUGUUUAGUAUAAUGUGUGAAAAGGAUGACACUUACUUGGCCAAGAAAAUACAAAAUAGCUCUCUUUCUACUUGCAGAGGCUGUUAGUUUAGUGGGAUUUCCUCCUUUUUAAUAUCAAAAAAUUAUUGUGUACAUCUUGUUAUUUCUCUCUGUUAACACGUUGAUUUUUUAAACAGACGUUCAAAGGUAAAUGUCCAAAUAAUUUCAAAUAUCUAGAUAGGCUGUAUUUGAUGGGAUGCAUUUAAUAUAGGAGGCAAACAUGUUUUGUGCCUCGGAGUUCUCCCAUGAUCCGUCAUAAAGUGGAAACAUAUUUUUAGGGUAGGCACUAUGUAUAUUAUAACUUAUUUGUAUCUAACAUAAGAGUGUUGAUUAUUCGUUAUUGAUAACAUGAUUACAAAUAUUUGAAAAAUAAAGUGAUUGCCAAAUGCUCUUUUUAAGUGCCAGCAAAUUUGUCCUUAUUAAUGUCAGACCUUGAUGAUGAUUGGCUUCUGACUCCUACUAUUUGUGAAAUAAAUUUAAAACAAGAUAAUGUGAUUAGAAGAAAAAUGUAUGAUAUCCAGCAUGCAUACUGCAAAAUGUCUCUUAUCCGAGUCGUUUCUUCUCAUAGUUUGGUCCAACACGACCUGUGCAUAUUCUACCUCGGCCACUAGGCAUAUGCUGUUCCCUAAACCAGAUUCAUCAAUACAGGUUGUGAUACAUCCUGUCAUAUUUUUCCAUGUUAGUCCCCAGUGCACAAAAUGGUGUCAUGCUUGCAUUUACUUUUUUUUUUUUGUCUGUGUGUGUACCUCAUAGCAACUUUACUCAAGUUAUUAGCAUCUUCCCAUAAUUGUUAUUCUUGGGCCUCUCCAUCUUUUGAUCUGGUUUUUGAUUCACUCAACCUCUGCAUUACUUCUUUAUAUCCUCCCACUUUUGGAGUCAUAAUAAAUUUACCUUUUGUAUGGCAGCAAACUUGCAUUUCACUGAGAAAUGCUCCACUCGUUCAAUACAGGUUGGGAUAAGGGUCCAACACAUCAGCAAAAAUGUACUCCUCAUUACUGUGUCUAAAUUCUCAUAAUUUCAUAUUGCAUUCAUGUGUUAAAAUAUAUGUACCACCCAAAUUUCCUGUACAAGGCAGUGUAUAUUACUUAUGUAAGAUGGGAUUUUCAAAGAAAAUGAUGAACUUGCUUAAACACAAUUAUUAUAUGCUUGAAAUUUUCUGUUUUACUGUUGUCAUUGACAAUGUCCCUUCCUUUUACCACCAUUAAACCCUGCUUUCCUGUGGCACCAUUUGCAUUUUUAGUAUUAAAGCUCAAUUUUAUAAAUUGCACAAUGGCAUUACUGUGAUAUUUCAUUUUUUAUUCAUUUUUGUUAUUUUUUAACCAACUGACCAAAAUUUUAUCUUUCAAGUACAGUAGUCAGUUUACUUAUGUUUACAUAAUUCUUUCAUGUGUAAGUUGUUUUGUAACUGUUUCUAACUGUUGCACAUUCCCCUCAAUAUAAAUAAAUUAUUUACAGGGAAAAACUUUUAAUCAACAUGUUAUCCAUCAUUGGUUUAAUUUCUAGAUAAACCUUUUAAGGAAGUCUCUCAACAGCACACUUAUAAUUUAAAGUCUUCUGUAAUACCAUGAUUUCCCUUACUUUAGCUUUUCUCCAAAGCUCUCUAUAAAAUCUCAAAACAGUUGGUUGAGGACCACCACCAUGUAUCGGAAUAAUUUUAGCAUAUUCUCAAGCUCUAAAAAUUAUUUCUACAUCACAAUAGACAUCAUAAACUACUGCAUGCCUCUUAUAUUGCAUCGUCUGGCACCUAGCACCAACGUGCACGAUGCUCACGGCAUUUGUGAAGUUUGUGCCAUGCAUGAUGCUCACAGUGUUGUGGUGAUGAUGAUGAUGGCAUACUUGAUGUUCACACUAUAAAUUUUGUUCAUAGCUUGCAGAAUGCUCACACCAUGCAUGAUAUUUGUAGUGUGCAUAACGUAUGGCUGAGAUAUAAGAUCCCAGAUGCCAAACAUUCAUCAUGCUGGCAAGAGGGGAUUACCUCAAAUGAAAUAUAAGAAUUAUGUAAAUGAUCAGGGGAAUAUAACAUUGUCCUAUUGAGGUAAGAGACAGAGAGUGAGAAAAGUAUGAAAAUGCAAAGAUGCUGGACUACAUUACAUUUGAGAUUUGGAUAAACCAGUAAAAUUAAGUAUAGAUGGAUGAAGUAAAAUGUAGAUUGACUAAUGAAAUCUUCCCUGUGUGAGGUAUUGUGUAUAUAGUAUUCACCUGCACUUACUGAAAGGAAUAGAAUCUUAAGUGCUUGUGUUCUGUCCAUAAACAACUAUAUGCCUCUUGUGGUACAACUUUUUGUGCCAUCCUGUCUUUGUAAUACUUCAGUCUUACCAUUAUUCUCAUCUCUCUGCUGUCAACCAAUAAUUGUCAUCCUGCUACUUUAAUUACAAUUUUCUCAUUCUUAUAUUCUGAUCCCACUGCUCUCAUCCCACUACUCUCAUCUUAAUACCUUCCCAGCAUCAUUUGCUACUCAUCCCACUAAUCUCAUUCCACUGCUCGCAUCCUACUGCUCGCAUCCAACUGCCUGUACAGUACUUGUAUACCACUAUUAUCAUCCCACUAUUCUCAUCCCACUACUGUACUUGCAUCCUGCUACUUGCAUCCCACUUUAUUCAGCUUUGUUCUUUGGAAAUUAUUCUCUCGUCUUCGAAAGUAUACGUGAUGGUAGGGGACCCCAUACUAUAAACUACUCAUGUAUGUUCCCUCGUUUAUUUCUUGUGCAUCCACUAUUUUUUUACUUCAUUGUGACCUAGCACGGUAGUCAGAAUAGUGAACAGCUCUGGGAUGUAUCUCAACAUAGCAGAACACUAGGGACUAUGUCAUGUAUCCCAGCAUGGCAGGACACGAGACCAUGUCAUGUAUCCCAGCAUGACAGGACACGAGACCAUGUCAUGUAUCCCAGCAUGGCAGGACACGAGACCAUGUCAUGUAUCCCAGCAUGGCAGGACACGAGACCAUGUCAUGUAUCCCAGCAUGGCAAGACAUGAGUCCCAUGUAACCCAGCAAUGCAGGACACGAGACCAAGUCAUUUAUCUCGGUGACAUCUGCAUUGUCUUGCUGUCUUCACAAUUCAUCAUAUAAUAGAACAAGUUUGUGUGUGACAAAUAAAUGUAUAGGCAAGUUAAAAAAAAAAAAGUGAAGUGUUUGAUCACCAGCUUGCAUAACGAUGUAAAAACAAGCAAGACAAUUUUUCAGAAACUACAUCUAGCAGAGAGAAUGUAUUGAACCCAUGAGAAGAUUCAGUUAUGGAUAACACACUUAAAUAUGGAGAGGAACCUUGCUAAUUAGAUAAGGAUGAGGAAACCUUCUUUGCCUGUAAAACAGAAAAAACUAUUUUUAUUAAAUAUUUUGAAAAAAAACUUUAUAAAAGUCUAAAUACCACAAGUGACUUGGUGUGUUAAAGUGCAAACAGAUGGUAACUGAAUAACCUGUUGGCUAAUUAAGUCAAUAUGCAAAAUGCUUUAACAAGUGUCAUGUGUGCUCCUUGCACAAGCGCUUAAAUGUACAAAAGUGUUUAGUGAAUCUGACUUUAAAUAAGAUUCUGAAUGGGCUAUGUUUCUUCAAUGUGAGAUAUUACUUAUUGAAUAUGUGUACACAACAAAUUUAUGUUUAUUAUAGAUAACUGUGUGAUAAAAUACCAAGUACUUGUUGCUUACUUUGGAGAUGCAGCACUUCCAACAAAGAGGCAUUUGAUACAUAGACUAAGUUUGAUGAAUUAAGAAAUAUGCUCCUAAAGCCACAAGGAACAGUGUUUAGAUAAUUAAUGUAUGUUGCUUUGCAAAUGAAUCAAACUGGCAUACAGAUAUUAACACAGAAGUGAUUUAUUCUGAAGAGCAGGAACUGAAUUAACUGGGUAAUAGAGACUAAUACAUAUCUACCUAAACAUUUAAGCUUUAAAUUAAAGCAAUGCAUAUUGAGUUUUCAGCUUACUACUUAAGUACUCUUUCUGAACCAUGCAUUGACUUGGGUUACAGUGUUAACACAAUAAUUGGCCAUUUUUGUCAAUAUUGUUUUAUGUGUUCUAUAUAAACAUUGUAUUUGUUUUAGAGGCUAUCAGUGCUACCAACACAACAGCUGAGAGGUUGAGUUGAUGGUACUGUAGUCCAAACAUUGCUUCUAUAAACAAAAAUUAAGCUGGCCACACCAAAAAUAAAACUUUUAGAAAUUAAUUAUUAGGACCUGUUGUGCUACCUCAACCACUGUCACUACAUCAGCUAUCCAAUGGUGUCAAAUUCUAUUUCUUAAAGUACUCUAAUCACAUAGACGUUGAAAUGUACAGCAUACAGUCCUUGAGAGCUUUUCAUUAUAACUUUGCUGUGUGUGUUUUGUUCCUAAAUAGAGACAAAAUAGGUGAUCACAUGAUGUAUAGUGUUACGUUUGUAUUACAUGAGCAUUAACCAGGAAAGAAACCCUGUAAGGAAACAACCUAUUGCACUCAUAAUACAUAUCUAGUAGAGUGAGUGGUGGUUUAUCCAGAUAUAACCCUUUUGAUACUAGGGGUCUUCCAAGGGAUUCAAUGAAGCUUAUUUAUCUGUUGUAAUUUUUUAAUGCAAUGUUCAAUACUCUAAAUGCAAAAUUUUGAAUUGUCAGGAAAUUCAAUUUGUACCUUUGAAAGCAUAAAGCUGACACUUGGUGGGUGGGAGUGUGGUAUUUCUCAGCCAUGAACAGUGUGAUGUGUAUUCCUCAGCUGCAUAGUGUAUGUGGUAUUUCAUACCUGUGCACAUUGUGUUGUAUCUUGCUUGUGCAGUGUAGUAGUAGUAGUGUAUAUCUCAUCUGUGUAGUGGUGGAGUGGUAUCUCUCACUUGUGCAGUGUGUGGUCUCUCACUUGUGCAGUGUGUGGUGUGUCUCACCUGUGCAGUGUGUGGUGUGUCUCACCUGUGCAGUGUGUAGUGUGUCUCACCUGUGCAGUGUGUGGUGUAUCUCAUCAGUGUAGUGUGUGGUGUGUCUCACCUGUGCAGUGUGUGGUGUGUCUCACAUGUGUGGUGUGUGGUAUAUCUCACGUGUGCAGUGUGGUGUCUCUCACCUGUGCAGUGUGUAGCGUGUCUCACCUGUGCAGUGUGUGGUGUGUCUCAUCAGUGUAUUGUGUGGUGUGUCUCACCUGUGCAGUGUGUAGUGUCUCAUCUAUGCAGUGUGUAGUGUGUCUCACCUGUGCAAUGUGUGGUGUGUCUCACCUGUGCAAUGUGUGGUGUGUCUCACCUGUGCAUUGUGUGGUGUGUCUCACCUGUGCAAUGUGUGGUGUGUCUCACCUGUGCAAUGUGUGGCGUGACUCACCUGUGCGGAAUAUGACUUCUCAGUGUGUAGUAUGUAUGUAUCAAGCAUUGAACAUCAUGCUCUUAUAUGGCAUUCAUCAUACACAUUAACAUUCUUAAGAGAUGCUUCUAAUCCAUGGUCAUGGCAACAUUAUUUUUGUUUACUCAUCAAUAUAGAUAUUCAGAUUUUCUAGCAAUUAGCUUUCAGAAUAAUUUUUAUUUAUCCAUUGAGAAGAAUGUACUGGUACAAAAUCAAUCCAUGUACUAUAUUAGACUUCUUACUGUUUACAGUUGGUGGGUUCUGACCAUAUACCACUGACGCUCAUACUGGUUUCUUUCCCACCCAAUCAUUCACAUGAUUUGAAAAGCGUAAAAUUUGAAUUGUUUUUCCUAAGCAAAAGUGUUUAACCCAAGGCAGGCCACCUUACCUAUCGAAGCCAAUGCUUGUUAGUCAGAGAAAGCAUCAAUAUUAUGGUGCAUUUAAUUUCACCAAAAAGCCCUGGAAUUUUGAUGUGGUCAAUAUCAUCAAAAUAGCAGUGCAUUAAGUGUGAGGACAGGUUGAAUAGCCCAAACCACAUACCUGUGCCCACACAGAUACAGUAUACACACUCAAACACUCACACAUUAUAUAUAUGCUUGUUAGGCUUCUUUUCAUUGUAUCAACCCUCUAGUCACACAAAUUUAAUUCUCACUUUAAUUUUUUCACUCGUUGAGUUGUGCCCAGUUAUCAGAUGUUUUCCACAUGGAGGGCUAGUCGUAUGUGAAGGCAGUCUUCCUAAAAUGGGUAUUGCCACUACUCAUUCUUAAGUCCAAUUCCGGUACUCCAGACUUGUAUACCAUACAGCUCAUCUCUUGUCCUAAGACAAAUUGUAUUCGGUAGAAAAGACCAAAUUGACAGUACAAUACAUCAAUAAUUGAGAGAUAAUGGUUUAAUGUGAAAUCAAAUGGAAAUUGCUUCUUAUUAAUUGGUAUUGAAGAUGCUGUUUUCUCCAGAGAUCAAGAGCACUGACUGUGUAUGUUGUCAUGUUGGAUGACAGGACAUUUGUAUUUUUUUUAGGUUCAAAGGGAAUGGCUUAAUGUGUGUUUUCUUAGACUUUAAUUUGUGAUGCUGGUGAUGUUGCUGUCAUGUUUGAUCAACUUGAACCUCGCGUAAAAUGUAGAAAAAUUUCAAUGACUGAAGCGGAAACUUUUCUAAGUAAACAAGUGCAUUACUUCUUAAGAGUUAUUUUGUACUUGUACAAGAUCAUUGGUAUAUUGUACACUUAUAUUCAUGCACAACAAAUUUAGUAGAAUGGAACAGUGAAUUUAUUGAAGACUGUAAAAUGUAACUUUUUAAAAAGGAUUAAAUAAAAUAACUAAAAAAACUUGGUUAAAUCAAUGCUUCACAGCUAUGAACUUUAAUUUAAAUUUUUGCAUGAAAAUACAUUGUGCACAUGUAUUUGAUCUUGUAAUUUGAAUUAUCAAUAUUUUAUUUGAAACAUUGUCAAUAAAUGUGUCAGGACUUCCUUUGUCUGUUGAUAUCUUAAAGCAUGUGUGAAAAUGUUCUAUUUCCUUCCUGGACACUACCAUUGCGCAUAGCAUCUCUAAUUGGGGAACUUAAAACCUUCCUCUUGAGCCUUUACAAAAUCAUAUUGAAUACACUCAAAACUUGAGCAACAGACAUUUAAACAAUAUUAUUUAUCAUAACUUUUAUAUUUGGCUAAACAUUUUAUUACAGAUACAGUAACGUAGUGUAUAUUGUUUUAGUACAUGGUACAGUAGAAGGUCUUCACACAAGGGCAAAGGUCACAGAUCAUUUGUGUCAAGUGUACUGGUUUUAUAUGUUGUAAUCUGACAACAAAAUUGUUAUUGUUGUUAUUAUUAUUAUUAUUAUUAUUAUUAUUAUUAUUAUUAUUAUUAUUAUCAUCAUUAUCAUUAUAAUGAAGACGUUUAGAGAGGACUGUGUGCUGGAUGCUUACCAUACUAAAGUUAAGCUAAAGUCUAGGUUUUUAUUUGUUAUGAAAAAUCAAAAGAUGUGUAAUUCAUGUUUAGAGUUUAUUCAUUUAAUUGCAUUUUUACUGCAUUCUGAAUCGGUUAGUGUUUUGUGUUUUGAUUUAAAAUGAUAAAUUGUUUAUGCAAAUAUAUAUAUACUGUAUAAUGUAUUAUUCAGGUUUAUCCAUGACUUCUUAAAUAACUGUUAUACUGUACCUGUCAUAGAGAAAUGAUAAGACGAUGACUCCAUUUGGAGUUUGGCAAGAAGUACAUAAUGUCAAAGCUUUAGUUUUCAUUUUAAAAGCCAAUUAUAAGUGUAGGUUAGUUGCAUUCAUCUGCAUAGUAAACAGGUAUAUUAAUAGGCCUUAGACACUAAAUGUUAAGAUUUUGUGAUAUCCUUGUGUAUGAAUAAUAUGCCACAUAUCAAAAAUUGGUGUGUACAUUCCCACACAAGACAGUUACGGCUUACUCCAUUACUAGUGAUAUUAAAAGAUACAAUGGACAGGGAUUUCAAAAUAUGAUGCUGUUCUAUGCAUCUAAUUCCUGAGCCAAAUCUGGCAGUUUUCUGCUAGUAAUAUUAACAGGUGAACAACAUAAUCUUCUUAACUUCCACUUCUACAUCUUCAGCAGCUCCUUAAAUACAUAUAUAUAUAUGUACUGUAUAUAUAUUUUUUUGUUAAAUACCUGAGGACAUGAGUCAUGUGCAUUUGAAUGACAUGAAAGUCAUUUAGGUUUUAUAUUGUUGUGUGAAACCAAGAGUGUUGUGCAACUGUGAUGAAUGAAUAAGUUUAGUAUUGUAUUUUGAUUGUAUGUUGAGCAUGUCAUCUCUAAUGUAAAAGACAUUAUUCUGCUCAUGUCAUGCCAAAUAGAUGACUCUCCAUGCAUACUGUACAGUGAUCUUGAGAAUCCUUGCAGUUGCAUCCACAUUCCUCUCAUUGUGCAUUGAUGCAUUGUGCAGUAUUGUUCAUAUUAUUUAUGCUUCAGGAGAGUUCAUUGAAUCAAAUUUUGAAUGGCUUGAGAAUUCGUCUUGUGUGAGGGGAUACUUUUGCCUAUUAUUAUUAUAUCUAGUAUAAUUUAUCUACAUAAAUAAGUAAUGUGUGUACAGCAUGUAGUAGCAGUGUGUGAAUGCAAGAGUGCUUCCUGUGGGUUAUAAUUGUUUACAUGAAAGAAAUCUGGGAUAUGUGAACAUUUGAUCAUUGACCAAGAAUCCAGCUUUAUCCUGUGCUCAUUAACACAUUGAUUUUGUGGAGACAAAUUUUGGUCAGGUCUUCCCACAUAGUUUUCCUUUGUGUGAUCCACAUUAUACGCGCUAUAGUGAAUCUUUUGGAAGUAUGUAAUUCCAAAUAAAAAAUUCAUUUUAUGAGAUUAGAAAAUAGCUGGUGUGGUUAUUAUGACACGAACAUUUCAUCUCGACUGCUCGCAAGUUGAUGAGAAUCUAUAGACCAAGUGUUUUGCAAUGGUGCUUCAUAGGGCCAAUUUUAUAGAUAACUGUCAAGUGAGGACAAAUCCCACCUGGAGAGUUCUAGUUGUGUGAACUUGAAUAGCCAAAGCCCAAAUUACUCGAGUCACAGCCAAUAGCAAGCGCCUAGAACUGAAACGUUCCAAGCAUUUUAUCAUCCUCUUCAGAAUCUACAGAAUAUGGCCUUUAGUGUAUUAAGUGUUGUGCUACCUUUUAGUGACAUCUGUAUAAUAAAGAUCAUUGCAUCAUAAUAUGUAGUUUGUUAACUUAGACAUUAAUAAACACUCUAACUGAAAA